AUGGAUAGAUUACAACCAUCUCUGCGAUCCUUGCAUCGGAAAACGGAGUUCGCAGAUAUUGAUAACAUCGACCCAGCAGCAAGCGCCUCAAGAAUCAGCAAUGACUCAGCCCCGAUGGCUCCCAAUGGCCAGGGAACUGCUAAAUCCAAGGACUAUAACGAUGAUUCAGUGCGCCAGAAGGUGCCUUUGACACAACAACAACUUACCGCGCAAUACAAGGCUCAGGGUCGGAAUAUCCGAAAUGAGAGUGUACGUCUUGGGGGUAAACGGUUUCGCGAUGAGGGGUUGACUUCCGAAAAGCAGUCCGGGGAGUUUGAAGGUCAGAAUCUGAAGGGGCGUGAUAUUGAGGGGUGCGCGGAAGGGAAACGUGUUUGUGGGAAGUAG